AUGGACGUUACAAACCGGAAACCGGUAGCAGAUAGUAUUAAUGCGCUAGAUUCACAACGGUUACAAUCCUUUUCAUUUCCCUCCCACGAGAAUUCAACAUGUGGCCAAGUCAAGGGAAAUUAUUCUGAGGUAUCACCCAGUAGAAGCUUUUCUUCCACAUCUUCCUGUUCCGUAAUAUCAGAAGAGGCUUACAGCACAAAUAGUCCCUCUUCAGAAUAUGGCGAUGAUGUGUACAAACAUUUAGGAAGAUUCACUUUUAACGAAACACCAAAAGCUGCAAGACGUGAACUUGGCAUGAGCCCCAUGGUUUGUGACAGCGAGCUUCAUAGAGAUCUACCAAUUACGCCGACAAAGUAUAGUGGUAUUAACAGGAACGUAAAAUCACCAAACCUAUUGCUGGCACAACCCCCAACUCCAAGGAGAAGACCAUCAAGACAUCGGAGUACCCAUGCCAUCUCAUAUUCGAAUGCAGAUGAUUUUUUCAAGAAAAAUAGUGAAGUGCUGCCUUCAACCCAAUCUAAGCAACCAACGAACUAUAGCUUCCGCUUAACAGAAGAAAUAGAUCCUAGUCAAUAUUCCCAUCACUCUUCACCACAACGAGUAAUUGCGGACACAGAGGAACAAAUUAGGAGAAACUCAACUGGUUGGUUUAGAUUUGAUGAUUUAGUGGAUUUUGCUCAGAAAAAUCAUAUCAGCAUAGAGGGUAAGAAUUUUGUCACCAGACCAGACACCCCAAAGAUAAAUUUAGAUAUCUAA